AUGUCGUCAUCAUCACCCUUGUCUUUACUGGUACAUCCCUGUGCUGCCCCCUUAUUGGACGUUGAUCUUCAGGAAGAAUUUCUUCUUCCUCAUGCUGCUGAGUUAAACAGUAAAACCAUUGACACUUUGAUGCAGAAGUUAAGUGAAAAUGAAAGCCAAAAUACUCAACUCAGGAGAAAAAUACUUGAAAAGGAGGAACAUGUUAAAGAGCUUUCAUCCAGGCUUCAGCUUGAAAAAGUCAGUGUACAGAAAGAAGACAGUCUGUCAGCAUCAGUAAGGGCAGUACAAGCUCACCUGCAAUGUCAAAUUCAAAGAAAAGAAGUGGAAAAUGAUGAAUUAAAAGUGAAAAUACAGACACUAGAAAAGAAAAUAACAGAGUCGAAACUUCAAGUUGGUGAAUACAAGCACCAGAUGUUAACCUUAAGGGAAAGAAGUGAGCAAAAGAAGACUGCCCUGAAAAAAGCAAUCAGGUCCCAGAAAAAAAGAGCUGAAGGCUUUGAAGCAGCUUUGGAAAGUUUAACCUCCAGAAUAAGAGAACGUGAAGUCAAACUGUCUGAGAUAUUGUCAGAUUCUGAUUCCUGGAAAAACCAGCAUGAUAGCAUGGUUGAAGAAAAGACAGUAUUAGAGAUUCAAGCAGAAGAUCUUAAGAAGCAGAUCACAAGCCUUUUUGAAGACCUGAAAAGAAAGGAAGAAUGGAAAAGAAACUCAGAUGAGGAAAUUCUUGGAAAGCUAAAAUCUGUUAACUCUGAAAAUUAUAAGAUUUACCUUGAAAAUGAAAAAUUAAAGGCUUCCCUUACUAUGUUGGAAAACAGUACUGUUGGUGCUGAAAAUGAGCUGCUAAAUCUCCAAGAAAAGGCAAAGCUGCAGGAAAACCUUGUUGAACGGUAUAAAAAUCAGGUACAAAAAUUACAAACAGCAGUAGAAGAACUGAAAUCUAGAUAUGAAACAGUCUUAAAUGAAAACAAAAGAAUAACAGAAACCAACUGUUUAGAAGUGGAUAAGGUGAGGCACAAAACAGAGGCUGAGUUAGAGGAGUUAGAACAUGUUUGUGACUUGCUGAAAGCAGCUGAGGAAAAGCAGCAAGGGUAUCAGGAAAAGCUUCUGUUCUGGGAAAGGAUCGAUGCACAGAAAUGCAAACCCCUUGGGGAGCUGCAGGUUCAGGAGGAAGACAGUGUAACUUCUGUGGACUGUCAUUCCUUAGAAGAAAACCAUAACAUUCAGAAGAAAUAUGAAGAUCUUAAAAGGCAAUUAGAAAAGAUGGAAUUUCAAAAUGAAGAACUUGCUUAUCAACUCAAAAAAGAAGAUGAGAGUCUUCAAUGCAGUAAAUUGCAGCUUGAAGAAAAAAUUGCAGAAUGUAAUGGAUUAACCAGACAACUGGAAUCUGCUUUGGAAGAAGGGAGAAAAAUGGUAGCUGAAGAACUGGAAAAACUGUCAUACAAAGAACAAUCCCUUCAGGCAAAAAUUAUAGUUCUUGAAACUGAAGUGAGAGAGGGGCAAGAAGAGAAGAAACGACUCCUCUGCAUAUUUCACCAUAAUGAAAAGCACCAUCAAGUACAUUUUAAAGAGUUGGAGAACAGCCUACAGAAGUCAGAGAAUAAGAACCAGAGCAUUCAGAAUUACGUACAGUUUUUGAAAGCUUCAUAUAUAACAAUAUUUGGCUGA